AUGCAUCCUAGCGGCCAGUGGUCAUUGACAGGGUCUGCCUACGCGUGCAGGCGUGUGAUUCGUUGCCGGACCAGGAACCAGCUUUGCGGCAUCUGUGAUUGGCCGUUCCCCGAAAUCGAGAACAGUGGUCGUGAGGUUUUGCCAAAGUUCGCCUCGAUGCGAGCUGGUCACAACAUGGGCGCAAAGGCAUUGCAGGCCAAAGGCGUUAUACGUCAGCGGCUGAACUUGGGUUCCAAGUGGCUGCUAGGGGCCACUACACCCAGACCCAUGUGGUGCCUCACUCGAGCCUUGAAAUCGCGAUCUUGUUGA